CUCACACAUCCAACGAAGAUCAUCAGUUCUUCCAUUCACAAAAAAUAAAUAAGUACAACAAUGAAAUCGUUCGUGGUUCUAUCUGCCUUGGUCGUGAUGGCGUGCGCAGGCCCACAAUACUCACAGUACUCGCAGCAGCAGUACCAAGAACAGGUCAUCCCCAUCAUCAAACAACAACAGGAGGUUAACUUCGACGGCUCCUACCAAUACAGCUAUGAGACUGGCAAUGGAAUUGCUGCACAAGAGCAGGGAUAUUUGAAGAACGCUGGCGUGAAAGACGCUGAGGCUCAAGUCGCCCAGGGCAACUUCGCGUACACCUCCCCUGAAGGCAUACCCAUCUCCGUCUCCUACAUCGCCGAUGAGAACGGUUUCCGCGCGGAGGGCGCCCAUCUGCCCACACCUCCCCCCAUUCCCGAGGCCAUCGCCAGAGCUCUUCAGUACAUCGCUGCUCAGCCCCAACAACAGCCGACCUACCCCAAUCAACCUUUCCGCGGUUAAACACCUUCCAACCACGCCAUACCACCAUCAUAUUUUAUCGAAACAAAGUACUGACGUGAUACAUCAUAGAUAAGAAGUGUCAUAG